AUGGCUGUGAAACUUGACAUGGAGCAGGCGUAUACCAGUAUGGGAUGGCCAACCUUGAAUCAUAUUCUCAACUGGGUGAAUGUUAAUAAGUCCCAGGUUAUUUUUGGUAAGAUUGUGAAGAGGUCUCAUAAGAAUAAGGUGGCUAGUAUUCUCGGUUUCUGGGUGGUUAAAGAAUUGCAUUACUUGGGCAUUAAGAUUUCUUUACAGAGAAUGGGUGUUGCUGACUUUCAGGAUCUUUUAAGCCAUGUCACGGACAGAUUAAAAGUUUGGGGAAAGAAGUCUCUGACCUUGGGAGGUAAAAUUACACUUAUCAAAACCUCUUUGCUUUCAUUACCGAACUUUGCAAUUACUCACUACCCGGUGCCAAAGAGGGUGAUUCAUGAGGUGGAGAAGCUAUGUAGGAAGUUUAUUUGGCAUAAACAAAAUGGGAAACCUGGGUUGCACUAUGCCGCUUGGGAGGAUAUAUGUAGUCCAACUACGGCAGGUGGUUUGGGUCUUCAGUCUAUCACAACCAAAGUGGUACUCUACGGGCAAGCACAGAAAAUUUUUGUUCAGGGGGCGCUGCCCCCAGAAACCUUGCAGGGGCGUUGCUCCUUGACCUCGCGACCUGACCGGGCUGGUCGAACCCCACCAAGUAGGACUACAAACGAACCGGAACGAGCAACCG